AUUUUUUUCCCUCGUACUCUCCCAUAAACCAAAAAAGAGUUGGUGAGUACAGCAGAUUUAGUACUUGAACGUAUUACAAUUGUUGAAGAUUCAGCAACCACCAUCAAAAGCUAACUUUGCCAGUUGCCACCAACAACCUUUACUUUCCUCGUUAUCCUCCAUCCUUACAGAACUAAAUUUCUGUUCUUAACAGACAAUAGAGAUAGCAAGCAAACUGAGCAUCCGUAAGAAAACCAUGGGAAGAUUUUCUAAUUGUCUUUCAACCAUGGAAUUGCUUUUUGGCUACAUGAUUCUUACAGUGUUGAUGCUCAUUUGCAUGGAAUCAAACAAAGUUGAAGCUCAAGUGCAGCCACCCUUUCCUCCAAAUUAUGAAGUAAAAGCUCUUCGUGAGAUUGCAGCAGAACUCGGAAAGAAGGAUUGGAAUUUCAGUGAAAACCCUUGCAACAAUAAGUCCAGCUGGUUUACUCCACCUCCGCCGCCAAAUGUGCCACGGGCCAUUUACAACAGUACUGUCACCUGCAAUUGCUCCUUCCCCAAUGGUGAAUGUCAUAUUGAUGGCAUCUAUCUUACAGGGCAGGAUCUUGAUGGUGUUCUGCCACGCUCACUUGUCAAGCUAUCAUAUAUUAAAACACUACAACUCUAUCUGAACUAUCUUAAGGGUACAAUACCUCGUGCAUGGACUGCUCUGAAGUUGGAGUUUGUGUAUCUUGCUAUGAACCGCUUAUCGGGGCCAAUUCCAGGCUAUUUGGGAAACAUUACCACUCUAAAAUAUUUGUCCCUUGAGAACAACCUAUUUUCUGGAACUAUUCCUCCUGAGCUGGGGAAAUUGGUUAACCUGGAAAACCUUACCCUUAAUGCUAACUAUCUCACAGGAGAGUUCCCCUCAGCCCUUGCUAAUCUGUCCAAUCUAAAAGAACUUAGGAUUAGCAGUAACAAAUUCACUGGAAAAAUACCCAACAUUUUUCAAAGUUGGAAGCAACUUGAGAAAUUAGAGAUUCAAGCUGGUGGUUUUGAAGGGCCAAUUCCUUCAAGCUUAGCACUCUUGCAUAAUUUAACAGAACUAAGGAUCAGUGACUUACCUGGAGAGGGUUCAAAGUUUCCAAACUUGGAAAAUAUGAAAAACAUGUACAGAUUGAUGUUACGUAGCUGCAAUAUAUCUGGACGAAUCCCGGAUUUUAUAUGGGAAUUUUCAAAACUGCAAAUUUUAGAUCUCACCUUCAACAAAUUGGAAGGUAACAUUUUAGAUUCUGAAAGCCUUACAAAAGCGCAAUACAUGUACCUGACAAGCAACUGGCUUACUGGGCACAUUCCAGAAUGGUUGAGUAUUAGAGAUAGCCGCUACCAGAUAGAUCUUUCUUACAAUAAUUUGUCUGAAAGCUCUGAGCUGGCUUCUUGUCGGGAAAAUCUGAAUUUGUUUAGAAGCUUUUCAGGAGGCAAAAACUCAGGACUUGAUAACUGCCUGAAGGGCUUUCCUUGUUCAAAAGAUUGGUAUUCAAUACAUAUAAAUUGUGGUGGAGGAGCAACAACUAUUAAAGGCAUCAACUAUGAAGCAGAUGACGACUUAGGAGGUCCAGCAAAAUAUUUUCCUCUCAAAGAGACUUGGGAAACUAGUAGCACUGGGCUUUUCUGGGAUACCUCUGUUUCUUCAAGGGACUAUAUAGCACAAAAUGUUUCCAUUCUUAGAACAAACAACUCCGAAUUAUACACAAGAGCACGCCUCUCUCCUCUUUCCCUCACAUAUUAUUUUCGUUGCUUAGCAAAUGGAAAUUAUACAGUUACGCUUCACUUUGCAGAGAUAGUUAUCAGAGACAAUAGAUCCUAUCAAAGUCUUGGAAGAAGGAUAUUUGAUGUUUAUGUCCAGGAGAAACUUGAAUUGAAGGAUUUCAAUAUUAAAAAUGAGGCAAAGGGGGUUGAUAAAGCAGUUAUUAGGACAUUUAAAACGGUUGUCAGGAACAAGACUUUAACUAUACGCUUUCACUGGGCUGGGAAGGGGACAACUGGUACCCCAAGAAGAGGAACAUAUGGUCCUCUGAUAUCAGCUAUCUCAGUAGACUCCGAUUUCAAGCCUCCAGUUCCUAUUGGUGAGAAUGAGAAUAUGAAGUUUGUAGUGGGAGCUGUUGUUUCUGUUCCUUGCCUGAUUUUCAUAAUCCUAGGCAUUCUAUGGUGGAAAGGCUAUUUUCAAUGCGAGCCAUCAAGGGAACAAGUCCUGAGGGGGUUAGAUAUGCAGACUGGCUUUUUUACGUUCAGACAAAUGAAAGUUGCUACUAACAACUUUGAUGGUGCAAAUAAAAUUGGUGAAGGUGGUUUUGGAGCUGUCUACAAGGGUGUACUACUGGAUGGUACCAUAAUUGCAAUUAAAAAACUUUCUUCAAAAUCAAGACAAGGAGAUCGUGAAUUUCUGAAUGAACUAGGGAUGAUUGCAGGAUUACAACACCCAAAUCUUGUUAGGUUAUAUGGAUGUUGUGUUGAGGGAACUCAGCUGUUGUUGGUAUAUGAACACAUGGAAAAUAAUAGCCUUGCACGUGCUUUAUUUGGUCCUACAGAAAGCCAGCUGAAAUUGGACUGGCCUACCAGGCAGAAAAUUUGUCUAGGCAUAGCAAAAGGUCUGGCUUUCCUGCAUGAGGAAUCGGGUUUAAAAAUUGUUCACAGAGACAUCAAAACUACCAAUGUGCUACUUGAUGGGGAUCUCAAUGCUAAAAUCUCUGACUUUGGUUUGGCCAAGUUUGAUGAGGAGGAAAACACCCAUAUUAGCACCAGAGUUGCUGGAACUAUAGGAUACAUGGCCCCAGAAUAUGCAUUAUGGGGCUAUCUGACCUACAAGGCAGAUGUUUAUAGUUUUGGGAUUGUUGCAUUAGAAAUUGUUGCUGGAAAGAACAAUACAAAAUAUCGACCAGAGGAGGAUUAUGUAUGCCUUCAAGAUUGGGCUCUUGUUUUACAACAAAAGGGAAAUUUAAUGGAGUUGGUGGAUCCAAGGUUGGGGACCGAGUUCAAUGAGGAAGAGGCAAUGAGAAUGACAAGAGUAGCUUUAUUGUGCACAAAUUCAUCACCAGCACUUAGACCUAUCAUGUCUGAGGUAGUAAGCAUGCUUGAAGGUCGAACCCCUGUUCCUGAAUUAAUCAUGGAUCCUAGCAUCUUUGGUGAUGAGAUGAGAUUCGGAGCACUAAAAGACCAACUCAACCGAAUGCAAUCUCGGGAGGGUGGUGAAACCACUACGUUUACUCAGCCAUCAGAUUCAACAGCAUGGCCUGGCCCUUCCUCAACGUUUGUUCAAGAUCCAUCAAAUCAAUCUUGAUUACUGUAUUAGUGAAGAGACUGACUUCAAAACUAAUAGAAGGCUAAAAUAACCAAAAAAAAAAAAAAAAC